CGAGAAAUAAGGAUCUAAUAGUAUAUGGCUGCAAGCCCAAUUUAAACAGAUGGUCUAAAAAGUGUAAAGAAAAAGAAGAAGUAAGAAGUAAGACCCGCAUAACCGCACCUUUUCUGCUUUUGUUUGUGAAUUGUUUCUUUUUUGUAUUUUUUCAUUGUCAUGAAAUAAAAGUUGUUUUCAGAAUAGAUUAAAAUUAUUGUAUUUUUAUAUGAAGUGUAUCUAGUUAGGUAGGCUAUAGGUAGGAUACAAUACUAACAUUACUUCUAUUACUAAAGCCGUUGUCUCUAUACUAAAGCUUUUCAUUUAAUUUAUUGCUUUCGAGUCGAAUUGAAGAUGUGGAAAUACAUUGCAGGUUCUGUAGUUGUAGGUACAGUGGCUUACGGUUUAGUUAAAUACUUUGCUGGAGGUGUAUGUCGGUGUACCACAAGGUUAGACGGACAAGUUGUAGUUAUAACUGGUGCAAAUUCAGGCAUUGGUAAAGCUUUGGCCCUAGAACUAGCUAAAAGAGGUGCUUUUAUUUUAUUAAGAGCUACCCUUGUUCUGGCCUGCAGAACUGUAGAAAAAGGUUUAGAAGCUAAGAAAUAUAUUCUUUCUCAUUUCAAAAAUAAAUCCGUGAAAAUAUUUGUAAAGGAGCUAGAUCUUUGCAAAAUUUCCAGCAUUGCAAAAUUUACUUGCGAUCUUAAAGCAGAGUUUAGUGAAAUAUAUGCUUUGGUUAACAAUGCUGGAGUAUUUUAUCAUCCACAGGGUCCGUUUAUUUUAACACAUUACUUGUUAGACUUGCUAAAGAAGUCUGUUCAUGCCAGAAUUGUAAAUGUUUCCUCAGAAGGACACCGAAUUGUCAAUGUUACUGAUUUAAAUGCAGUGACAAAAUGUCAGACUGAAAUUAGAGAUCAGUUUGUUUUAUAUGGAGUUUCAAAACUUGCAAUAAAUUUAUUUACGAAGGAGCUAUCAAAAAAAUUAUUGAACACCAAUGUUAUAGUAAAUGCUGCUAAUCCAGGAAAUGUGGAAACGCCAAUUUUUAGAAACUUUUUACCAUUAAGCCACCCAUUAUUUUUUGCUCUUCAGUGGCCAAUACGUAUAGUAGUUAUCAAGAGUCCAAAACAAGGCGCUCAAACUCCUCUGCAUUUACUUCUGACUUCAAACAGAACUACUGGACAGUACUUCACUGAUUGUAAAUUGGCUUUAUCGAGUCCUAUAUCCACUAAUGAUAAGUUCAGAAUGCUGAAGAUGGAACCGGUCUCACCAGAUGGAAAUAUUACCAAACAAGUUUUAAUUAAAGGAAAUUGGGGUCUUAAACCUAGUGAAAAUAGUAAAUGCACAAUAACUAUAACCGAAUGCUCUUCUCUUAAUGAUAUUAACAAUUAUCUCAUUAUUAUUGGUGAUACUGAUGGAGAUUUAUGGAGAUCUGUUGAACUUUGUUUGAUAACUAUGGAAAUUGGUGAAAAAUCAAAAUUUUUAAUAUUAGACUCUGGCAAAAGUAUCUAUUUAGUUAUAGAGUUAUUAGAUUUAGAAUUUGAUGGAUAUAUCUAUGAUUGGAAUACUGCAAAAAAGUAUAACCUAGCUAUGCACCACAAGGAAAAAGGUAAUCAAUUGUUUAAAGAAAAUAAUAACAAAGAAGCAGCAUUUAGAUUUAUAAAAGGUUUAAAAAUUAUUCACUCUAUUCUGAUAGAUGUAGAAUCUAUUCCACUUAGCAUAGAUGAUGUAUUAGUUUCAGAUAUAACCAAUUUUAAAGCAACACUAUAUAACAAUUUAUCUUCCUGUUAUUUUAAAAACGGCUUGUGGGAAGCAGUUAUAAAUUUAUGUUUAAAAGUUUUAUCAUAUAACUCUAAUAAUGUUAAGGCUUUAUAUAAGUUAGGAGUAGCUUACGAACAUGAUGCAAAUUAUGAAAAAUCGUUUGAAGCUUUUACCAAGCUACUAGAAUUGGAGCCUGGUAAUAAAGCAUGUACUGAUCACUUAAAUCUUGUUAAGAAUAAAUUGAAGAAGGCUGACAUUAGGGUAAAUAAUAUGGUUAAGAAAAUGUUUAAUUAA